AUCAGAGGAAGAGAACGGUUGAGGCAGGACGACCCUCAGGAGAGACAGGAAAAGAUCCUCGCAAAUACCCAAAGAGAGGAAAUUUUCCUUCCUAGACAGCCAUGGCCAUGAGCUCCCUGUGGUGGACUGCUAUCCUGCUCCUAGCCCUGACAGUGUCUAUGUGCUAUGGUGUUCCAACCUACCAAGAUUUUUUGUACAAGCAUAUGGACUUCCCGAAGACAUCGUUCCCAAGCAAUGCAGCUUAUUGCAAUGUCAUGAUGGUGCGGCGUGGCAUGACUGCCCAUGGAAGAUGCAAAUCCUUCAACACCUUUGUGCAUACAGAUCCCAGAAAUCUGAACACUCUCUGCAUAAACCAGCCCGAUCAGGCCCUUCGUACAACGCGGCGGCACUUUCGUAUCACAGACUGUAAGCUGAUCAGGAGCCAUCCAACCUGCAGAUACAGCGGCAAUCAAUUCAACCGCCGGGUCCGAGUGGGGUGUCGGGGAGGGCUUCCUGUGCAUCUGGAUGGCACCUCUCCAUGACACUUCCCCCUUGGAACAUCCCUUAUCCUUUUUGGAGUCCCUGACCAAUCCUGAAGCUGUCCUCACUCUGUCAACUGCUUUUGGGCUUGGAGAAGAAGGUAUCAAAACCUCUGGCAUCCUGUAUGCUGCUGCUUAACCUUGGCCCAUACCACUCUCUUUGUAGCUUUUACUUGCAUAGAACAAAACAAAAAUAAUAAAAAAAGAUUUCUUCAUCAAUAAUAUUUGCAAAGAAAUUCUUAUUGGAAUAACCAUUAGAAAGUACCUUAAAGUGUCCAUGCAACAUAUAAAUAGCAUACAAAACAGCUGGGCCUGGUCUCUGAAAUUUCCAGUCUGCCCAGAAACUCUUAAUGUAACUGUAUGUGUAUGAGAUUUGAAAGGUCAUGGCCUGAACCAAUGUUUGAGCACCAGGUGAGACAGCAUGGCUAACCCAGUGAUCUCUGGUGCAAGCAAAGCACCUGAGUGGAACGGAUAGAUGCAGUGUCCACCCCCCCUCACCCUCAUUUAAGGGUUGGCUGCCCAGGUAGCAGUAUCUCUUUUUGGAGAUUGUGCCCUUCUCAAGACUUCACCUGUCUUUGGAAAGGGUGAGCCACUUUUUCCUGAGUCACUUUCUAAACUUUAUCCUGAUGAAUGCCUUUACAAGUGUGUUUCUAUCCUAACAAGAUCCUAAUAUCCUAAUAAUCACCUUCUAUUUCUGCACAGUAUGUGUAGGAUAAAAAAAAACAUAGUGCUUCAGGAAUGAUCAGUCUUAUCAAUAGAGACUGAGGCAAAAGAGACGACAUUAAGUACCUCAGCUAUUUCCUUGUAUCUCAUCAGCUGGUUUCUCUUCACAGCCAGGGAAGAAUGCGGAACACCACAAGCCACUGAUGUCCAAAAUUUAUAUUGCCUGGCCCACGUUCAGUGAGACAAAUGUUCUUGGGCCUUAUAUGAAAUGUGUUAUUUCCUUCAAAAGCUGUGCCUCAUUUUUUUUCCCAUGAGAGCUUGUCAUGUACAUAAUGCCAAAAACAGAUGGCGUGAAUAAUGUGUGAUCAUUAAACGAGAGAUAUUUUUCUUUUUUUUAUGACUGGUCUUAUGAAAGUCUGGUGAAAAUACAUGAUCAAAUUGAUGAUUUGAGAUCUGAUUGCAACUGUAAACAUUCCAUUUGAAAAUUUGCAGACAAUGUAAUUAAGUUGACUGAAAAUGAUGUAUCAAGCGUUCCAAAAAAUGGACUUUUUCAGCAAUCAGGAAACCAAUUCUCAAAUUCCUGUUUCAGAACAGAAA